CCAACAGCUCCCACGCUGAAGCUUGAAUCCUCUCGCUGCAACAUGAAGGUCUCCGCUGCUCUCCUCUGCCUGCUACUCACAGUAGCUGCCUUCAGCACCGAGGUGCUCGCUCAGCCAGAUGCAAUUAACUCCCAAAUCGCCUGCUGCUAUAAAUUCAAUAAGAAGAUCCCCAUGCAGAGGCUGACAAACUACAGAAGAGUCACCACCAGCAAGUGUCCCAAAGAAGCUGUGAUUUUCAAGACCAUCCUGGGCAAAGAGUUUUGUGCAGACCCCAACCUGAAAUGGGUCCAGGACUCCAUAAACCAUCUCAACAAGAAAAACCAAACUCCGAAGCCUUGAGCACUCACUCCACAACCCAAGAAUCUAAAGACAAUCUGUGUUCUUCUGGCUUCCCCUAACUGCCCUCUGAUAUUACCUUAUUAUAAUUUUAAAGAGUAUAACUUUAUUGAUGUGAAACAUGAUGCCUUAAGUAAUGUUAAUCUUAUUUAAGUUAUUGAUGCUUUCAGUUUAUCUUCCAUGACUACUAGUGUUUUUUGUGUUUUUUUGGUUGUUCGUUUGUUUUCAUGGAGAUUUGGGCAAAUUGCUUUCCUCUGUGAAUCUCAAUUCUGUCCCUGGAAUGGUGGAAGUGUCCUCACAAGAAUGAUUAAUGCAAGAACUUUUGGUUUUACAUUCUAAGUCAUUGUUAAAACUGCUAU